AUGGCAGGUUCAUUAUUGCUAGCAUGGCAGGUCAAAAACAAGCGUUGUCUUGUCAUUGGAGGUGGUGAUGUUGCCUUGAGUCGAGUCCAUCACAUGAUCAAAGCAGAAGCAAGCAUCACUGUAGUCACUGGUACGGGGAAUGUCCACCCAGAAAUCAUAGAGCUUCACUCCAAGGGGUUGAUCUACCAACUUCUUGAAAGAGAUUUUCGUACGGAGGAUCUUUCGAUGUAUGAAAAGCCAAGUAAUCUCAAUCCACAGCUCGUUAAAGUUUCCGAAAUACUAAGUGCAUCGCAGUUCGAAGAAAUCCGCCAAGCUGUCCAAGACCAGGUAUUCGCUGUGGUGUGCUGCUGCAUAGAUGAUUACGAUCUCUCUACUCAGAUCUAUUAUCAAUGUAAGUUUCUCAGGUUACCUGUAAAUAUAGCGGACAAACCACCAAUGUGUGAUUUUUACUUUGGGAGUAUGUACAAUCAGGAUAACUUACAGAUCAUGAUCAGUACGAAUGGCAUGUCUCCGCGGUUGCUGAAGCUCAUCAAGGACAAUAUCGCCCGUCAAUUUGACGGAAUCGACUUAAACAGGGCCAUAGAGAACCUAGGUUUACUUCGAGCAAGAUUGAGGGCAUUGGUGAUAACCAAGGACGACUUGACAAGCAUCGAUGAGCGCAUGCAGUGGAUCAAGAGUGUAACAGACUACUUUUCAAUUAGACAGUGGAGUGAAUUGGAAUUGAGCGAGGGCAAUGCUGACGCAAUUGUUAGGCUUUACCCUAGCUUUCCUCCGAGAGAGUACGACUGGUGGGUGAAGCGCUAG